AUACACAGAUGAGCAUCUUCUUAACAUGCGCCGCACCGGCAUGUGUAAAAAACAAAACAAACGCAGCAGAAGAAGAAAAAAAGGAAACAAACGAGAGAGAGAGAUGAGAGAUGAGAGGGAUUAGCAAAAACAGAUAGAAAAAGGAAACGAGUUCACGCUCUGAGUCGGCUCACCGAUUCUAGCUGUCGAAGAAGACCGAUAAAAAAGGGAUUUUCUUUUUUUUUGGUAUAUUUUUUGUUGUGAGUGUGUGUGUGGGUUGUUGUUGGUGUUGAAAUAGCAAAAAAAUGGUGAACGACGAGAUAAUAAGUCUCUCACCUCUUUACUACUUGUCUUCUUACGCUUUCUUCUUAAUUCUUUUUAUCCCCAAUUCUUCCCCUAACCCUAAUUCUUCCUUGCUUCAAUUCUACAAUUUUCCCAACAAUUCUUCUCAUCAUCAUCAUCAUCAUCUUCUCGAUUCUCUCAAUUCGUCUUUGCCGAGCAAUCAAGUAUUGGAGCUUGGGAAUUUCUCAAUUCAUCAGUUAAUCUUGGAGUUUAGUAAUCUGUUAAGAGGGAAAAGAGUUUCUAUGCCUAUAUAUGCUCUACAAUGGAAGAUAAUGGUACUGCUUAUUGUGAUGGUAUGAGGAAUACUGUCAGGAAGAAACGUAGCCUCACUUGUCGUCGUCCUCGCCCCGAGGGAUCCAGUGUUUUAACAUCUUCAGAUCAUUUCAGCAAGAUUUCGAGUGAUGAUAUACCGGCCUUUGAUACUAACCCUAGGAGGAAAGAGUUUAGUCUUAGCCACUGUAUAUCAAGGGCUGAAUCUAUAGCAGAAUCUGAAAGAGGAAACAAUGAUUCUCGGCGGAGAGAGAUCAUCAAUAGAAAUAAGCGUUCGACCGAAGGUUUACUUGCACCUGCCAGCUCGAAAAACACUAGCCGGAAAGAUGAAGGUAACGGCGGCAUGAUCAACGGAAAGGGAACUGAUUUGGGUGAGUUAGAGGGAGAAACAAAGAGAAUGAAGCUUAAGAUCGGUGGUGUGAGCCGGCUAGUUCAUGCUAAUGGUUCAUCUAGAAAGUCUUCAAAACCGGUGACUGAUACUAUUCGGUCCAACCAUGAUUUACAGGAAAGUUCAGAAGAUUGUAAUUCCCCUCUAGAUAAGAAGGCUGAUCUUGAGGGAGUUACUUGGGAUGCUGAGAUAGACGGAUCUAUGACAGGGAGGAGAAAACAAGGGGAACCAUCUGGCUCGGUUCGCAAGAGCAAGCGAGCCCCAAAGAAACGAGUUUUUGAUAGCGAUGACGACAGUGAUGAUGAGAUCCGAUAUUUGGAAAAAUUGAAAUAUAAGAGAGUCUCUGUGUCUAAUGAGGAUACUGAGUCUGGAAGGACGCAAUUGAAGCCAUCUGGGAUAACAAAUGGGGAAAAUUCCGGCAAGAAGAAAGCUGUGUCUGAACAGGUGUCCGAAGACAUGGAUUGUGCGGAGCAAAUUGAAGCGGCGUCGGAUGAAAAAGAGAUUGGUAAUGAUAGUAAGAGGGAAUCAACUAUGACCAGUCGUCAGCGAGCCCUUGCUUCUGGCAGAUCAAGCGCGAUUGAUUUUUCAAAUGGAUUACCUCCUACAUCGAGAAGGAAAAAGGAGACUCUUUCAGAAAUGGAGCAGCAAUUAAAGAAGGCAGAAGCUGCUCAAAGGCGAAAAGCUCAGAUUGAGAAAGCUGCAAGGGAGUCUGAGGAAGGGGCCAUUAAAAAAAUUCUAGGUCAAGAUUCGAGCAGGAAGAAGCGUGGAGACAAAAUAAAAAAACGACUUGAUGAGUUGGCUCAGGAGAAGGCUGCACAUGAGGAGAGAGCCUCAACUUGCUACAUCAGAACAAUAAUGGGUCCUAAUGGAACCACUGUUUCAUUUCCCAUUGACAAAGUGCCUAGCCUGUUCGAUCCCAAACCAUCAGGUUAUCCUCCUCCGCGGGAAAAUUGCGCAGGUCCAUCGUGCACCAAUCCUUACAAGUAUCGCGACUCGAAGACUAAAGUUCCUCUAUGCAGCCUCAAAUGCUACAAGGCGGUUCAGGAGCAACAGAUUGCACCGGCUUAGAUAUUGAUGAUUUUUUUGAUCGAGAUGAGAAGAAGUUAGCUUCCUGCCUGAUUUUAUAGAUACAGAAGACAAUUGUUUAGUUUUCUUCAUUUUGCUUUUAGACUUCUCUGAUCAUUGACUAGAUAUUGUUUUUCCUCCCAUUGUCCUUUGUGACGAGAUCGUGGCCGUCCAUUGGCUUUUUUCACCAAACCAUCACAUCAUAGCCGUUCAUAUAUACAAAUCUUCAACGGCUAUCUCUCGAUUUAAAUAAUAAUAAAGGGAUACAUUUGUUUUUUAA